CGUAAAAACGGUAAAAACAGCACACAAAAGUCAAAACAAAAAUAGAACCCUUGUUUUUCUUUUGCUCGGAUGAAGACGUCUCAGUUUCAAAGUAUUUAGUUUUGUUUGUAUUAAACCGUCUUGUGUUUAAUAAGUUUGAUACGAUAAGACACACUGUUGUUUGUGUUUCGGUGUUUUCAGGAAAAGCUCCUCGGCACAGCGCACGUAACUUUUUUUAGUCCGUCUUCUCUCGCGAAGCGAAUCCGCAAGUCAGCAGCAGCAGCAGUAGUGUAUCGGCAGCAGCGCACAGUAACGGAUCGUUUACGGUGUGAAAAGUGAUUUAGGAAGCGGAAUAAUUUGUGCGAGUGUCCCUUUCUCCGAUUUUUUUACACACGCACCAUGAUGGUGGACCGACUGUGAAUAAUAAAGAACAAACAGUGAGUAGGUAGUGUUUUGGGUUUUUUUGCGCCCUUCUCGAUCCAAGGGAUCCGGCGCCAGAGCGAGCGGUUGUGUGAAGGGCAGUGAUUAGAGGAAGAUUUUCUACGUCGCGGAAAUUAAAUCGGGAGUGUGUCAUAAAUUUGGACAGGAAAUUGUGAAGUUGCUCAGCGUUCCUUGACCAGCCAUCGAGUCAGCAAUAACCCAUCAUCCGCUGCAUGCAGGUGAUUAUCUAAGAGAUAAAACUCGAGCAAACGACAGCAGACUGUCCAAAGUCCACGUCUAAAAACGAAGCCAAACCAUAGCUUCGUUGACGACCAAGAUCCGCGAAGAUGGUCGUUAGGCAGGGCCAAUGAACGGCGACAGCACCGAUCGUGCGGCGAUCACUCGGCGACAUUCCGCAGUGCGAAACUACCGCUGUUGUCUCCAUCGCGAUGUAAACAGAAGAUAAACGAACGGAUAACGACGACCGAGUGAUCUAAACAAAAGUCUACAUCUCGCACGAACACACAGCUCCGCGUGGUGUGUAGAGAUAUAAGGAACUGAAGAAAAACAAGACCUUUUCGUACGAGCACCAACGCAAUCGAAAACGAAAACACAGUAUACGCGCCGGUUCGGAAAGGUUUCGCUUUUUCGGGGUCAAGUCGUGCGAAACUACGACGAGAUGAAAACAGUGUUUAAAUCGGUUGGUUGAUUGCGUUGAGGGAAAGGGAAAAUCGAGUGUUUUUGUUUUUAUCGGACCGACCGCAGUAGGUUGGAAGGAAAACUCAGGGUGACGUCAAUCGCAGUAAGCGGAGUGAUAAAUUAUCGGUGAUGUGAAAAACUUGAGGAAGAACGUGGGACCGAACAAAAAAAAAUCAAUCGGGAAGUGUUUCUGGCCUACUGAGGUGUGCGUGCGCGAGAUAAGAAUGAUAAGACGGAAAAAGGCGCCGUAGGUGAGAUUAUUUCGUGUUCAUUUUCUGUGGAAGAAAACGAGCUAGCCGCGAAGUACGUGAGAUUAGAGGAACAUCGUCGUGGUGGUGACCGGUGUGGAUGGCCAACAAUUUGAAGAGUCUGUUCGGAGGAAGUGGUGGCACCAGUGCUGCCGAGGCAUCAGGCAUGGCUAUCGUCGUGGGAACCAGCGUCGGCUCAUCCAGUCAGCAGGAUAAGCCACCGCCGAAGCAGCCGGCCGUAGAAUACUCGUCUAUUGUCAAUACACCAAAGACUGUACCGUCGUCACUAGGUAACAGCAUUAGUAAUAGUGGUAGUAGUAGUAGCAGUAGCGGUAGCCCCACAAUCACAAUCCCCGACCCGCACCAACGACUCAACAAUCGAGAUGUAGUCAUCACCAGUCUGGUUGCGGGAGCAAUCGCCGGUGCACUGGCCAAAACUACGAUCGCGCCCCUCGAUCGGACGAAGAUCAACUUCCAGAUCAACAAAGACAUCCCCUACUCGUUCCGGGCGGCGUUGGCAUUUCUGCGCAACACGUACACCAAGGAGGGCUUCGUGGCCCUCUGGCGGGGUAACUCGGCCACGAUGGCCCGCAUCAUUCCCUACUCGGCGAUCCAGUUCACGGCGCACGAACAGUGGAAGAAGCUGCUGCAGGUCGACCGACACGAAGACACCAAAGUGCGCCGGUUCCUGGCGGGAUCGUUGGCGGGCAUCACGUCGCAGUCGAUGACCUACCCGCUGGAUCUGGCGCGGGCGCGGAUGGCCGUGACGGACAAGUACUCCGGCUACCGGACGCUGCGGGAGGUGUUCGUCAAGAUUUGGCAGUGCGAGGGACCCCGGACGCUGUACCGGGGCUACUGGGCGACCAUCCUGGGGGUCAUCCCGUACGCCGGGAUGUCCUUCUUCACGUACGAUACUCUUAAGAAGGAGUAUUUCAUACUCACCGGUGACACCACCCCAAACACUGUGAUAUCGUUGGUGUUCGGUGCGACGGCCGGCAUCGUCGGACAAUCGUCGAGUUACCCGCUGGACAUCGUUCGACGGCGGAUGCAAACCACGGGCGUAACGGCUAACUGUGCCGAUCGGUAUCUGACAAUCGGGACUACACUAAGUAAAAUUUACAGGGAGGAGGGUAUCAUCGGGGGUUUCUACAAGGGACUGAGCAUGAACUGGAUCAAGGGUCCCAUCGCCGUCGGGAUCAGCUUUGCGACGUACGAUCACAUCAAGUACUUCCUGCGGGAGUUGAUCCAUCUGCGGGAUCCGGUGCGGUAAAGAAGGCGCAAAACGGAAAACACAAGUACACACACAGAGUGCACAAACAAUAGCAAAGCGGACACGCGUUCGAAUCUUGUUGAAUCUGGUUGUCGCUAGUGGCAUUUUUUUCGGUUAGGUUUUAGGAAGGUUUUGUGUUUGUGCAGAGUGGCUGUUUGUCUGAUGGUUAGAAUGAGUGUGAUGUCUGUGAUUGGGAUGCAGCGUGAGGUGAGCUCAUUCACCGUUUGUUUGGAUUGUGUGUGGCUUUUUGUUUUGAAUCGGUGUCAAUCAUUUAACAAAGAAGAAAAGAAAACAGGUGCAAUUAGAUCGAGAAAAGUUUAUAUACAAAGAGGAAAAAGUCGAUCGUAGUAUAUAUUUCGUCCUAGAUUUCGUCAUAAAACACAAGUGCAUUGCUUAUACUCAGAGCACUAAUAUACACGAAAACCGUUCGCGAAAGCACUCAAAUUUUUAAGCUAACUUUAUGUUUUAGAACAAAAAAAAAAGUAAACAGGUUAAGCAACCCUAAAACUACACACCGGACUUUGUGUUGAUAUUUGAAACCACCAAAAACUAUUCUUGAGCAACGAUUGUGAGACUAAUGUCCAAAAAGAAAAAAAACAUACUAAAUCGGGAUUCAGUUCAACUGUAAACCAAACACUACUAAGUCAUAAUGGCGGUCUGAUGAAAUGACAAUAACUUUCACUAGUAUCGACGAACCUUCGCCAAACUAUUUACCCUAUUGUUUAUUGCGGUCUUGCAACGUGCCAUUCUUCGUUUUUUUACAUGUUUACUUUCCUCUUUAAUUGGGUCUUCUCGCUUCAGCUGAGGGAGGGUUCGUGUUAUGUAGCUUAGGUUUUGUGUAUAAAGUUAGAAAAGCUAAACAUAAGAACUAGUUUGUCUUAAGAUAGCGAACGUUUUUCUUCGUGGGAGAUGCUUGUCCGUACUGUUCCGGGUAAAUUAUAAUUCCUGUUGUCGGCAUUCAUGUUUGAACCCUCAGUGCUUUACUUUGUUGACUGUUUUCUGAAAACGGUAUAUUGUAGUCAUUCAUUAGGCGUCCAUCAAGUAUAUUCUCCCCGAAAAAAAAAGUCUUGUUAAUAAAUUUUCAAGAAGUUUGAA